UCGGCAUGUCACGUGAUCCCUGGUUUGUAUACCUCACUGUUUCCGGUCUCGCUGGAAGGGAAAGCGACUCACAGCCUGCUGCAGUUUGACUGUAACGUCCUGGUUCUGAUCCAGCGUACCCAACGACGAGAAGGUCUACUCUUCUUCAGCCUUCCUCCAGGCUCCAAGGUCCUAUUUUCCACAGUCCACUGUUUGAGAAAGCUGUCGUUAUCUCCUCCCAGGAAGACGUGGGCUGCACCGGAGGCCUAUUGAAUUGCCCAAUUAUGCUGCAACCAUCUGGUCCAAUGUCUCUGCAGGGCUCAUGGCUGGUGCUCCUCCUGCUGGCCGUCUGCUCAGCGACCUCCUGCCCAGAUGGGAGCCGGUGUGAGGGGAACGACUCCUGCUGCACCUCCCCUGACGGAGCGGCCGCCUGCUGUCCUCCACCGCCUCCAGCCCAUGCGGUGAAGGCAGUGAUGUGUCCCGACAAGGAGUCUGAGUGUCCAGAUGAGACGACCUGCUGCCAGCUCCCUGACGAGACGUGGGGCUGCUGCCCCAUGGUCAAGGCGGUGUGCUGUGAAGACAGGCAGCACUGCUGUCCCGAGUUGACCCGGUGUGACCUGAAACACUCCCGCUGUGUGUCCGCGGGCCUGGGCUCCGUCCCCCUGCUGGAGAAGCUACCUGCUCGCAGGAGAACAGCAGAGGUCGACUCGGCUUCAGGGCCAUGUCCGGGGGGGAAGAGCCGCUGUCCCAAAGGGUACACCUGCUGCCAGCUGUCCACUGGAGUCUACGGCUGCUGUCCCCACCCAGAGGCGGUGUGCUGCAGUGACCAGCUUCACUGUUGCCCUGCCAACACCACAUGCGACAUGGAGCAUGAGAGGUGCCUCUCUGGGGAGGGGGAGGCGCUCCCGCUGGCUACAAAGAUCUCAGCCGCACCCAACCAUGACGUGGUUUGUCCUGACAGCCUGACUAUUUGUCACGAACAAUCAACCUGCUGCCAGUUGGUAAACGGCUCCUACGGCUGCUGCCCAAUGCCCAACGCAAUGUGCUGCUCGGACCACCUCCACUGCUGCCCCGACGGGUACACCUGUGACCUGGUCCACAGCACCUGCCUCUCCUCCGACACACACCUGCCUCUCCUCACCUACGCACCUGCAAAGACUUCCUCUGCUGUGGCCGAGGUCAAAGGACUCCUUGUCCCUUGCAACGAGUCGGUGGCCUGUGCUGACGAAACCACCUGCUGCCAGACCACCGCCGGGGAGUGGGCCUGCUGCCCCAUGCCUGAGGCGGUGUGCUGUCAGGACCACCGGCACUGCUGUCCCCACGCCACUGUUUGUAACCUGGCCCAGUCCCGGUGUGACCACGCUCGGGGCCACGCCCCCUCUGUGCCCUGGCUGACCAAACUGCCCGCCCUCAGCCGCUCCGCCCGCAGCUUCUCCGCUGCCGAGGAGGUCGCCACGACCCGCGACGGCCCAGGCGCCAGCAGCCUUCCCUGGGUGCGGAAGACCCCCGCCCUGCCCCGGGCGGACCCCGAGGAGCCCUCCCGGGAUGGCCUGAGCCCUGCCAGGGUGGAGUGUGACGCCCGCACCACCUGCCCCCGGGACACCACCUGCUGCUUCAUGAAGAGCAGCGGCCUGUGGGGCUGCUGCCCCCUACCCAAGGCGGUGUGCUGUGCUGACGGGGAACACUGCUGCCCCAUCGGCUACACCUGCGACGCCCGCACAGCCUCCUGCGCCAAGCCCCGCGCCGCCGCGGGGCUCCAGCGCCUGCCCUGGUUCUCCAAGCAGAGGGCCGUGCAGCGGGGCAUGCUGGGGGAUGUGAAGUGUGACAACGCCAGCAGCUGUGCGUCGGGCACCACCUGCUGUAAGCUGGACACGGGGGAGUGGGGCUGCUGCCCGCUGGUGAAGGCCGUAUGCUGCGAAGACCAUGAGCACUGCUGCCCGCAGGGCUACACCUGCAACAUGCACAGUGGGACCUGCGAGAAGCAGCUGCGACACCAAACCCCCCGCAGCCGCCCUCGGAGCAAGGUGGUACGGUCCAUGCUGAGGCCGUCCGCUGUGGAGGAGGAUGUUCCAUGUGACGAUGUGGGGGUGUUCCGCUGCUCCAAGCAGGAGACCUGCUGCCGCGCGUCGCCCACAGUGUGGGCGUGCUGCCCCUCGGCCCAGGCUGUGUGCUGCGCUGACUCCCUGCACUGCUGCCCUGCUGGCUCCUCCUGUGACCAGGGGGCCGGAGGCUGUGCCCCCCGGGGCCAGCCCAGUAGGCCCGCCCAACGCUGGGACGCAGACCCCGUCCCCCUGGGACUCUAAGCCCUUCAGGACCUGACCGCGGGGGGGACCACAUCACGGGUCCCAUUGUCCGGAGAGGCUGGAAGACCGGCUCUUCAACUGCUGUAAAGAAUGAUUCACUUCAAUGCAAUCAAGUCCAUGUUCUGUUCCAACCAUUAUUCGACCCCCUGCUGGAGUUUGCUGGGUUCCAGCGUGACACUCAUUAUUUCAUCAGGUCUAAUAGAACACGUUUUGUAAGGACAGUGUCCGCCACUUUACAAAAACCAGAUAGCUAAUCUUUUUUAGUUUUUCUGAAAAUCCUGCAUAAAUAUUAAGAAGGCCCUGCCCGGAAUAAUGACCCUUAAUCCAUAGGAAUAUGAAUGUACGUGGGUAUAUGCUACCUCUUUUAGUGUGACAGCGAGUGAUGCUGGUUUAAAAUCAUAAAAUCUCACAUCGCUUUGACUUUUGGUUAAAUGGUCAUGAUUCCAAUGUUAAAGUGUCUUCUCCAGGAUCAGUUUGACUAAAUCUAAAGACUGGGGAUGACUUGAAGCUCCCUCCUCCUUUUGAGCCCAGAGUUGGGUUUUCAAGUCCAUGCAAGUCCAUUUUGGUUACCAGAACGUAAAGAAACCCAAUCUUCUAUCUGGAUUUGACUCCUGGUCCCCCCCCAGACUGAGUUCCCCUCUGGCUCCGAGUACCGGAGCUCAUGACCCUGAGGCCCAGUGUGGCCUCAGGGUCAGGUCUGGUAGCGGUUCUGGAUUGGGUGUGUGUGUGUGUGUGUGUGUGUGUGUGUGUGUGUGUGUGUGUGUGUGUGUGUGUGUGUGUGUGUGUGUGUGUGUGUGUGUGUGUGUGUGUGUGUGUGUGUGUGUGCGCGCAGCAGACACAGAUUCAACCCUUGGCUCAUCUUUUAGACUUUCCGGAGUUUGGUCUUUCAUUGAUUACCUUUUUUUAAUAUCAAGAGUGAAUUGAAUUUGCCUAUAAAAUGUUUUUGGGGUGUUGUGGGUCUUCGAUGUAAAGGAGAAAGUGUUAGUUAUGGGGUAAUGAAGAAAGUGAUCGGAGACUAACCGGUCACAUGAUAUCCGUCACACUGUUGAUUCUUGAUUUAAAUCUACAUUCUUUGAAGACUUUGUAAAAGGUUGUUGCAUUAAUAAAGUUAUGCAAUGCC